GGUGAUCAUUGAAUCAAAUGUUGGCACCUCAGGUACUCAGCGGGGUUCCCCCAGGUAACCUUUCAGCGAUGUCUUGCGACCAAGAUACCCAUUGUCGCAUCUCACGGUACUUCUCUCUCUAGCGUUCUUCAAACGUCGUUUAGCUGCUUUAGCACACAUUCUUCAAAUGUUCUUUACGCACGGAAUGAGCCACCAAUCAAAUUCCAAGUUGGACUAUAAGUGGACCAAUGCAUCAGGAAGACAAGGAUGGAUGACCUAAUCUUUGGAGAAGAAUUUGAACAAUUUCUUCCUUCCAACCCAAUCCGAUACUCACUUCGUCCUCCACCACCAUCACCACCACCAGCGCCACCUCCAACACCAACAUCAGAGAAUCCUGACCCCCGUAGUCUCCCCUCUUUUCAAGAUAUCAACAGUUUUCGAUUUCCUCCUCCCACAAUGGUUCAACUUACUGAGGUUGUCGACGAGCACUUCCAAGAGGACCAGGCUGGUCCCGAGGACGAAGAAGAUUUCACUGAUACCGACUCGGAGAUCUCGACCGAAUCUGAUUAUGACCCGACGAAUGAGUCCCUCAGUGAACGUCUCUAUGCCCUCCGCGACAUAAUCCCCCCUCAGACCCGCGCUUCUAUUGCCAGCAAAGUCAACGCGACCACAAGUGCGAUAGGAAAUGUGCUCUCCUUCGGCGGCAAGACUAUGUGGGUUAUCAGCACCUCGGCACUGAUCCUAGGUGUACCAUGGGCCCUCGCAUGGGCCGAGGAGCAGCAAGUCCUCGAAAUGGAGAAGGAGAUGAAAAUGCGCGAGAUGGGCGGCGAGAUCUUGACUACUGGUGCCACCAACGGCAGUGGUUCUAUGACGGCUCAGCAGGUUGGCAACGCACUCGGACAGGAGACUAAGCCUGCUCUAUAAUGGAGCAUGCUUGCGCCUAACUACUAUACUGUCUCUACGCUAUUUGCGAUGCGUUCCGGAAUGAUCCUCGAACGCUGGCGCAAAAUACAACUUGAAAUGUCCUGUACCCCA